UUGUGGGAAGAGUUGACCUAUAAUCAGAGAGGAGAGCUUCAGCAUCAGAGCGUAGGUCAGGAAAUAAGAUCCAAAUGUAAGAAGUUCUUUGUCCCUAAACUUUCUCCAGCCAAGGCCAUUGCGAAUGAACACAUGGUCUUGCACGUGAGAACUCCGUAUCAAUGUCUCGCUUCGUUACAUCAUGCUAUUUGUACAACUAAAGAAAUGGUUUAUAGCUCAGAAGAGAAAACGCAAAAAAAUCUUAGACACAGUGACAGUGAAAACUGGACUCAGUCGUUCAAGUGAAAGUGUUACCAUGACGACCAAACGUGUUGCUACCUCAUUCGUCAAGGAAUGUGGGUACAUUCCUAUAGUGCUGAUUAAUGGGGCGUCAAUUAUCGAGAAAAAUCUCAAAACCAAAGAUUUGUUUCAAAUCCAAGGAUCAGCUACCAAGAUUAACUUCACCAUUUCCCAACUAGGUAUCUCCAAAGUAUCGCGCAUGAAGAAUCUGUCCGUCCACGACGUUGUUGAGGCCAUGAAGAGCUAUCUCGUCCGACUGCCGGAGCCUCUUCUGCCGGAAGACGUGUGCGACGCAUUGAUCAAGGCCUCUACCGAUGACUACAGCAGCAGGUACAAAGCUAUACUCUCCGACUUCCGGCAGUCUCAGGCGUUCAGUUUCGGCAUUCUUCAUUUUAUGAUGUUGCUGUUUCAAAAGGUGGCCAGUUAUUCAGAGCACAAUUCAAUGGAUGUUCGAAAGCUUGCAACUAUUUUUGUCCUGGACGUCAUUAACCCUCUAAAGAUUGACGACCCAGAGCACGGCAGCUUACUUCAAGAUAAAAUGCAACGCCUGCCCUAUCUAAUUAUGAUUGUAGAAUACAUGAUCAACAAUGUUCACAUCUUCAACAGUAUCUGUCAGUUGAAAGGUCCGGUUUCUCCUUGCAGAGGCUCGUCCAGUAUACGAGUCCAGUCCACACCACCUCGCAGGACAAGAAGCAAAAUGUGUACAGGUUUGGAGAAAGGGACUACAAGUUUUCCUAACCAGACUUUGUCUACUGUAGAAAAGGACCAAGGAGAUUGUCUUACAGAAUCCCAACUCAGAACAGAUGGAGGCACUGGGAAAAAAAGUCUGACUCUCGGGUGUCUGGACCAAAGCGAGGACCCAUCCCUCCAGCGCAAGACCAGCAGCAAAAAGCAGGAAGUUACUUGUGGAGACGCCAGCCCCCAAGAUCUUGUGUGUGUAAAGAGCAAGGUAGAUGCCGACGUAGGUACAAGCCCCAUGGAGGCCACCCCUGCUUUCACCUGGAGAACAAAACCCUCUCCCCGAAAAAUGAGCGCCAAGAACAACAAGCGUUUCACGUCCCCUUCGCCAAAAGUCAGAAGGACGUCCAUUAACAAGGGCGAUGGCCACGCAGAGGCCAAACUGAUGCGAUCGACAGACAAAAAGGCGUUCUGCAAACUAAGGGCGGCGUCGGGGGGACCGGAAAUGAGGAAGAAACGCAAGUCAAGGCCCAUUCAAAGAGUGGAGCAGGCGGCUAAAAUGAAAGGCCGCAGCCGUAGCCAAGACUCGGCCUACGCGGUGUUUCAGGCUGAUGAAGAAAUGUGCCCUUGGAACGACCUCGGCAUCAUCAGCGACGACACGAGCGUCAUGAGCAAGACCAUCAAGUAUCCCAGAAUUAUGCCCCUUACCACGGAGAGAAGCAAAAGCAAGCAGACUAAAUCAAGCAAACAGCAACACUGGCGCUGUAAAUAUGUCAACUCUGACAAUUUAAUGAUGCUAGAAUCCGCCGCCGACAAAAUUAAGCAACCCUCCCCCCUCUCUGUCGCCUACGAGCCUUCCGUCGCCUACGAGCCUUCCGUCGUUUCCUCGCCUAGCCGGGCAGACAGAUGCAUUUCGCUGUCUCAUAGCGUGAAAAUCACCAAAGAUAGGGCGGAGACACACAAGAUCGAAUACUACAGCCUGCUCCAAGCAGACGUGGAACCGCAAGCACCGGGGAAUACGGUACCACCCAAUCAGAUCAGCGCGAGAAUCACUCGAGCCGGAAUAGCCGCUUACAAAUCUGUAUCCUCCAGGGCAGUGUCCCAGGAUGUCAAGGAUGACGCCGCUUUCUCGGACGUGAAAAUUACGACGGCCGCGCUCACCCAGGGCGACCAGAGUCUUAAAGCCAUUCAAGAAAAAGCCCCAGCCGUGACUCCAAAGGUUAAGGCCGUUCAGAACCACAGAAAAGUCUCGAGCGACUUACGUCAGCGCCAGGGUAACGUGCGCACGCCUUACCAAACUAGGGAGUGUCUCCAGGAGAAAAGAUUUUUUGGCUCAAGGGCAAUAGACGUUAUACUUUUAUGUGUAACAGUACUGUUUACAUGUGCAUUGUUUUAUUAUCAACUCACCAACAAACUUUUUCAACUCUGAAGACAAUGGCUGCCAAUGUAAUACAGUCAUAAAUAAAUAAUGUCGUCACAAAGAG